AUGUUCUUACCGCAGCCGAUCACGCUUAACGGCCAGAUACCUACGCACCACCAUCAUCACCAUUCAUAUUUCGCCACCUCUCCAGAUCGCACACCGUCAGUGUUCUCUUCACGAAGCCGCGUACCUGCCGUCAGACGACAGCCGGUGAUCGCAAGAGCGCAAUCCGACGGUUCCGAUGCACCACCAACCCAGACGCCUCCGCCGGCAACCCCACCGCCGGCAACUUUCAAGUCGUCACAAACCUCUCAACCGGCAACUUCGCAACCGGCCGGCACGCUGGAGCUUGUCGGCGAGGACGCCGCCGUCUUCAGCAUUGACGACCAGAAAACCUCCUCCUGGGCGGCGUUUUUUGGCGUAUUAGGCGUCGUAAUGGCGAUUUUGUACGUCAUCUGGAUCGAUCCAGACACCGGAUUUGGAGGCGCGUACAUCGGUCUGUUCGAAUCGAUCUCCGAUAGUCGCGAGAUUCAGAUGCUGCUGAUGCUGCUCGUGUUCGCGAUCGUUCACAGCGGAGGCGCGGCGCUCCGGCCGGCGGCGGAGCGCGUGAUAGGCGAGCGCGCUUAUCGCGUGCUGUUCGCGGGGAUCUCGCUGCCCCUCGCCGUCUCCGCCGUGGUGUUUUUCAUCAACCAUCGUUAUGACGGCUUCCCUCUCUGGCAGCUACGGGGAGUUGUGGGCAUGCACGAGUUCGUGUGGGCGCUGGCGUUCGUCUCCUUCUUCUUCCUCUACCCCUCCACGUUCAAUCUGCUCGAGGUGGCAGCGGUUGAUAAACCCAAGCUGCACAUGUGGGAGACGGGCAUCAUGCGGAUUACUAGACACCCCCAGAUGACCGGUCAGCUCCUCUGGUGCGUGGCGCACAUGCUCUGGAUCGGCUCCUCCUUCACGGCAGUCACCUCCCUCGGCCUCUUGCUGCACCACAUGUUCGGUGUGUGGCACGGGGACCAGCGACUGGAGAAGAAGUAUGGAGAGGCAUUUGACGAGGUGCGCAAGCGUACGAGCAUCGUCCCAUUUGCAGCCAUUCUCGACGGCAGGCAACAGCUACCCCCAGAUUACUACAAGGAGUUUCUGCGCGUGCCGUACCUUGCAAUCACAGCCAUGACGAUUGGCGCGUACUUCUGCCAUCCCCUCAUGAUUCAAGCCAGCUUCUGGCUGCAUUGGUAG